AUGGCGGAUUCGCUCGGAGGGGAUGCUACAGGAGUAGCUUUUGAUCUUCUAAUGAAAACCGUAUUAGACGUAGCCUUGAGAGUAGCCCGUUUCAGGUCCGAACUCAACCACUUGAUAUCAACUCUGAUUUCAAUCAAGCCAUUUGUCAAGAACAUUGAGAAGCUGAAUGGAUUGUUGGACAACCGACGAGAAGGAGCAGAGAUGCUCAAUAAGCUGUUUAAACAGGGCGAAGUGCUCAUUCACGAGUGCUUGAAAAUCGAGCAGUGGAGGCUAGACAAGAAGUAUUCGUACGCGAAGAAACUGGAAGAAUUUGAAAGCUCGUUGUCGUGGUUUUUAAAGAUAAAUGUGCAGGCUGAGUUGGCUAGAGAUUUCAAAAGUGUUGCCGUGGCAGUAAAUGUUCUUCAGGAGAAAAUGGAUAAAAUAAUUUCUGUCCAAGAUAAUGAUCGCAAUGUUAACUCAUAUGGGUUUGCAGGUUGGUGUGGUGUUCCGGGAGUUACGGGAUUUGUGGUUGGAUUAGACGUGCAGCUUCAGGAACUGAAGGCGAUGCUGCUAAAGGAUGGAGUGCCAAUUGUUGUGCUUUCGGCUCCUGGUGGCUGCGGAAAGACUACACUGGCGAAAUUGCUCUGUAAUGAUGAUGAAAUUAAAGGUAAUCAGUGA